AUUCUUGAUGCCAGUACAAAAAUGAAGUCAAUGCAAUUUUUGUCGGCAAAAAUUAUCAUUUUAAUAGCAUUUAUUGGACAUGCUCCAAUUUUAACAUCAGGUCAUCUAAUGGCUGGACUCUACUGUGGCGAGGAAAAUUGUUAUGAUGUUCUUAAUGUAACCAGAGACUCCACCAAAGGAGAGAUCUCAAAGAACUAUCGAGGCUAUGCUAGAAUUUAUCAUCCUGAUAACCGGGAAACUGGUGAUGAACAAGAAUUCAAGAAAAUAGCGAAUGCCUAUGAAAUUUUGAAAGAUGAUGAAGCUAGAAAGGAUUAUGAUUACAUGCUUGACCAUCCAGAAGCUUAUUAUCAGAAUUACUAUAGAUAUUAUCGACGUAAAGGUCCUAAAGUUGAUAUAAGACUUGUUCUCUUCUCAACGAUUUCUGUCAUUUCGCUGAUUCAGUAUUUCGUAAGAAAGUCAAGAUAUCAAGAAGCAGUCAACUAUUUUGUAACGGUUCCUAAAUACAGAAAUAAAGCACUUGAAAUGAUUGCUAGUGACAAGUCAUUACAAGAUUCAAAGAAAGAGGGGAGAAAAAACAGAAUGUCAAAACAAGAGUUGAAAGAAUAUCAAGAGAAGCAAAUUAGAGAAAUAAUAGAGGAGAAAAUGGAUAUCAAAGGUUCUUAUAGUAAACCUUCCGUUAUCGAUAUUCUUUGGAUUCAGCUUAUAAUAUCUCCUUACACAAUCUCAAAAUAUAUUAUUUGGUAUGCACGUUGGAUUAUUAAUUUCAAUCUCUUAGGGAAACCAUAUGGCAUGGAAGAAAAGAUGUAUUUGUUGAGAAAGAAUUUCGGAUUAGUGGAUCUUUCAAGUAUGGAACAAGAAGAAUUGUUCAUUCGAAAAUUGCGACAAUGCUGUGUGUCUUUUGACUUUAUGGAUCCGGUUUCGGAUCUUAAAGGAAAAGAAAUAAAACGAGCCGCUCUAAAUGACUUAUCGGCAUACAUCACACAUGGACGUGGUGUGCUAACAGAGGCAGUCUAUCCAGAAAUUAUAAGAAUGAUUUCUGUUAACUUGUUUCGAACGUUACCGCCAAGCGAAAAUCCUGAUUUUGAUCCCGAGGAAGACGAUCCAACACUUGAAGCAUCCUGGCCUCAUCUCCAAUUAGUUUAUGAAGUGUUUUUACGCUUCCUGGAAUCAUCUGACUUUCAAGCGACUAUCGGAAAGAAAGUGAUUGACCAAAAAUUUGUUCUUCAAUUGCUCGAACUGUUUGACUCAGAAGAUCCACGCGAACGUGACUUUCUUAAAACUGUUCUUCAUCGUAUUUAUGGAAAAUUUUUGGGACUACGCGCCUUUAUACGAAAACAAAUCAACAAUAUUUUCCUGCGUUUCAUCUAUGAAACCGAACAUUUCAACGGUGUUGGUGAAUUGCUGGAGAUUUUGGGGAGCAUCAUUAAUGGAUUUGCAUUGCCAUUAAAAGCCGAACAUAAACAGUUUCUAGUGAAAGUCCUAUUGCCAUUGCAUAAAGUCAAAUGCUUAUCGCUGUAUCAUGCUCAGUUAGCAUAUUGUGUCGUUCAAUUUCUUGAAAAAGAUGCAUCACUGACCGAGCCAGUUGUACGUGGUCUACUUAAAUACUGGCCAAAGACGUGCUCGCAGAAAGAAGCAAUGUUUUUAGGUGAAAUUGAAGAAAUUCUUGACGUGAUUGAGCCGCCACAAUUUGUUAAAAUUCAAGAGCCGUUGUUCAGACAGAUUGCAAAAUGUGUUUCAAGUCCACAUUUUCAGGUGGCCGAACGUGCACUUUAUUUCUGGAAUAAUGAAUAUGCGAUGUCGUUAAUAGAAGACAACAACGCUGUCAUAAUGCCGAUUAUGUUUCCAGCUCUGUAUCGUAUUAGCAAAGAGCAUUGGAAUCAAACGAUUGUCGCUUUGGUUUAUAAUGUGUUAAAAACAUUCAUGGAGAUGAAUUCAAAAUUAUUUGAUGAGUUGACAGCAAGCUACAAAGCUGAAAGGCAAAAAGAGAAAAAGCGAGAACGUGAACGCGAAGAGUUGUGGAAGCGUCUUCAUGAACUGGAGAUUCAGAAAAGUGAUAAGCUUGGAACACCAUCAUCAGGAGGAGGAACAACGGGUCAAUCAUCAAUAAAUAAUGACGGUUCAUUAAAUAGUACAUCAACAAGUAAUCAGAACAACACGCAAGCUGCAGCUCAAAGCCAUUCAGCUGGACCAACAGCGAUCAGUACGCAAAUGAAUUCUAUGUCAAUAAGUGGAGCUGCUGCAGUGGCUAAGUGAUGUAAUAAUAAUAAUGGUAAGAGUAAAACUAAUAAAGUUGAAUGUUGUUGAUUCUGCUAAACUUUUCACAAACACCACACAACCAACACAUACAUAAAUAACACACAUACAUGAUAAGGAAAAUGUCAAAGAAAAGAAAAUAACAAUUGAAAUGUUAAAAAGAAGAAAAAUCAAAAACGAAUUUUUUUUUGUAAAUUUUAUUCUUCUUACACAUCUCCGCGAAUAUUUUUUUUUUGUUUACUGUAAUAACGAUAAAUAUCUACAAACAAGUGAUGGUGGCGGCUUUCCAUAAAUUAAAAAUAAAAACUUUUCUUCUUUAUGCAAUUUUCUUCUCCUGAGUUUUGCUAAACUUGAAUGCUUACUGAUGAUAAAAGAUGAUCAAUGACAACAGUUUGAUAGUAGAUAGUGGAAGAAUUUGUUUUUAAUUAUCGAUCGCUGACUCAUUUUUGUUUUGUUUCAAUGAUCGUGACUUUAAGAAAUUAAAAAAACAACCACAAUAAUCAGAAGUUUAGUUGAUCAAUGAAAAUAUUUAAUAACGAAAAAAUGAAAAUGAUAUCCACGAAGAACGUUGUAAUGAAGACCUCAUUAUUAAUAUGCUGUUUUAAUCGUUAUCACUUAAAGAUGAAAGCAGAAGUCACUAACUAGAUAUUAACACAAGAAAAUUUAUAUAAAAAAAAUGCAAAAAGAAGUUUAGAAUAUUUCUAAUAGAUAAACUGGCUCAACAUUUUGGUUCAUCUCAUGUCAUAUUUUUCAUUUGAAACAGCAGCCUAAGAGACAAAACAAAAAUACAUUUAAUAAACUUUAAUACAGAAUAUCACCGUAAAGACGAAAUAAGUAAAAUUAAAGUAAAAUUAUUGCAUUAUCAGGAAGAUAGAAAUUGCGAAAUGAAGUAAAACGCACUCAAGAAAAAAGAAGAAAAUAAAUCCUAACAAAUUGAAAGAUAAUUGUUUAAUUAGUAAAACAAAUUAAUACAGUGCAUCUGUUGAUAAGCAAGUGAUGUGAUGGUUACUUUGAAACUUCUCUCAGCUUCUUAUCACAACACUUGUUGACAAUGUACUGACAGUAUAGAGAUACAGUUUCUUAUCACACAUGGUAAUUAAUUUAACAAGGUAUGAGAAAGUACGUCAUCUGAUGAAAUGAAUAAUUGAAUGAUAAUUUGAGAGAGCCUUCGCAUACCCAAUUCCUUGUAGCUGUUAUUUUACUGUACAAAAAUUUUCUACUUUCACACGAUUUUUUCUCUCCUUCCCAACUCUUGCUAUCAAUGAUAUAAAUUUCGUUUUCAGUUAAUAAUCGAAGCUAUUAAGUUUUCCAAAUUAUCAUUCGAUAGAACUGCACUUUAUCAGACUUGAUCAUUCAUAAAGAUGAUGAUGAGGAUUAUAAAGAACAUGAAACCUAUGUUAUAUAAAUAACAAAAAAUCAAUAAAAUUAAGAAAUUAAAAUUAAAUAAUAAAGAUGAAGAAAUGAAAUACAAAUUGUAUCAAAUAAAUAAUUUAAAUGAGAAAACAAAAGUGUGAAGAGAAGAGAAACUUUUUUGCAUAAAAAAAUGAAAUGAAAUGGGAAGAAAAAAGAUGGCAAGAAGAAGGAAAAAUGAAACUGCAAAACUAGAUUAUUAAAUGUAAUAUUUUUAGAGAAUAAAAAUUGAUGAUGAAGAAAACAUGUGAAAGUUCUGUAUUAAAACCAUAAAACAAAACCAGUUGUGGAUGAUAUUUGAUAAAUAAAGAAAAAAAAUUAGAUGAAAACAUUAAUCCAGCAUGUAUGAAAAAUCCAUAAUAAGUAAAACUUAUGGGCGCUCAUCCACAUCCCUCCAUUGGAAUUUAUACGCAAAUUUAUCCUGAAGAAAGCUUGCGAAUUGUUUAAUUUCCUCAUGCACGCUAAUAAACAUACAUAAAUAUCUAAAUAAAAAGGAAAAAAAGCUUAAAAUUGGCAGAAUAAAAUUUCUUUACGUUACUUUAAACGCUUUUUAAUGUUAAAUAUGUUUGUUUAAAAAAAAAAAAUAUGAAAAUAGUCUUUCUAGUGACCAGCAAUAAAAUAAAAAAGAAUGCAAGCUCGUUGUUAUUUUUGUAGAAAGUGAAAGAAAAAAGAUGCUUCAGGAUAACAAAAAUUGUAAAGAAAAUUGUGAGAAUUUCAAGAUGGAAGCGAAGCCCAAAUAAAUAAAACGCUGACUAAAGAACGAAAGGAUUGAAUAACUAAUUAUGGCCAAACGAUGAUUCUAAGCGAAUAAAAAGGGAAAAUGAUUAGCUUUUUAUGAAUAGAAAAGCAUUAAAUACCAUCAACACUUGCUCUUCGUUAGGUUUUCCCUGAUAUUUAUCCAUUUCCAUUCUCCUUUCAUUCAUUCAGUGAGUUGCCUCGAUUGGUCUUAUGCAGGAAACUUUUUUGUAAAAUAAGAUAAAGAAAACUUAAAAGCUUCCUGUUGCUUCACAAUGGAUUCAACUCACAACUUUCGACCUUUAGAUCCCAUCAAGAUAAUUUUUUAAUUGUUUUUAAGUUAAUAGAACAUGUAAAUUUAUUAUAGAGAAGCAUGAAUGAAUUUAAUGAAGAGAAAUUGUCAUAUUCAGAUUGAAAAUUUAUAUGAAGUGACAAAUUAUGAUGAUGAAAAUGAAAAAAUAAAAGUUUAACACAAAAUUAUGAAUUUAAAUUCAAAGUCAAAGGUCGUCUAAUGUUAUGUCACAGUUGAGGUGAUGUCAGUUGACAAUCUUACUAAAUUAGCGUCUAAGUUUUAGACAACCAACAAAAAACUAAAAUUCGUCAACAAAAGUUUCUUCAUAAAGCUUUCAUUGUGACAUAAUGUGUUAACGUCCUUUCCAGUAGAAGAUAAACUUUAAUUUCUUUUUUUUUUGUUCAAUAUCUAUGAUUACAAAAAGAAAAAAAAGUUUAAACAGCGAAGG